AUGGCUGCGGUCUCGCCGUUAUUCCUGACUAUAGGGAUAUUACUGGGUCUGACUACAUUGACUGGAAUCUUGGCAAAUGUUAGUGUAUUACUGGUAGUCUAUUGGAACAGAUCAUUACAAACUCAAAUUAAUAUGUUACUUGUCAGUCUCGCAGUUGCUGAUCUUGGAGUCGCAGCGUCCUGUGUGCCUUUUGCUAUCACCACCGUGUUCCUUCAGUCAAAUGUAAGUGUAUAAUGUUAACUUAAUGUUUAUACUGGAAAGCUCUAUUUGUUCUUGUUAACUUUUUUCCUAGUCCUAAUUAAGAGGUUCAGUAAAAGGCUAGCCUGUUCGCAGGCUAGUAAAAGGCUGAAGUGUAUCUCUUUUUGGUCCAGUGUUACUACUCCGAGUAAACGUGAGGUUUUGGUAGAGUCAAAUUAGAAACAUUCUUCUCAUGCCUCCCACUGGCCCUGCUCGCAAAUGCUGAGGUGGCUAACGCUAGUUUGUGCAGCUAGAAGGGCCAGAAUUAGGCUUUAAUAGUUUUCUCUCAUUAAUGUGAACCAAGGUUCGUUCUUAAUGGUAAAUAUUUAAAAAAAAAACGCUCAAAAUAUUUUGAAAUUUGAUUGUUCUUGACUGAGUGAUUAUUCUUCCAAAGAUGAGAUGAAAUGACUGCAUGUGUUCCUAUAGUCUUGGACAUGAUAACGGUUGAGACUAAUGACUUUGCUAGCGCACUCGAAAUAUUACGUUAUGCAUACGUUAACAGUAAACCUUCCAGGGGCGGCGGAACAGGGGGGGCUAGGGGGGCUAAAGCCCCCCCAGAAGUAAAAGUGGGGGGGCUUAGCCCCCCCAGAAAAUUUGAAUUUUUUGAAAAAAUUUUGAUAAUUAGGGAAAAAUUUAGGUUAUUUUUUGAAAAUUUAGGUAUAAGGGGACAAAUUUGCAAUAUUUUGUUUAAAAAAAGUGUAUUUCCGAAAAAAUUUUUUGAUAUAAGUCCGAAAAAAAUUUUUUCGUCCCUUUUUUUGUAUAUUGUACCCCUAAAGUGGUACACUGACCGAAAUGGGGGGGGGGGGGGGGGGGGGGGGGAGGUUGCCGAAAAAAUUUAGCCCCCCCAGAACGAAAUCUGUUCCGCCGCCGCUGAAACCUUCAUGACCCCCUUUUCCCCAGUUCAAAGUCCCGAACACAUGACACAUGUUGAACAUUGAGUUACGGGAAUGCGACUUUAAUUAGCUCAACAUGUGACAGGCCAGGAAUCUUGCACAUCAUGUAGACAAUCUCUUUCCAUUAAAACUUAGUUUGAGUUUAUAUGUAAGAAGUUAAAAAGAAAUAUUACAAAAUAAGAACUAUUAUUUUUAAAUUUGAUUUACAGGGUAUCAGUGAUAAUUUCUGUCAAUUCAGUGGCUUUCUGAACCUGUUCUUCGCCUUGGCAAGCACAUCAAUGAUGGUCUGCAUCAGUGUCUCGCAAUAUUUUGCCGUCACAUCACCAAUGAAGAAAAUCAUGACCAACACAAACUGUUUUAUGAUCGUCCUUAGUGGCUGGGUUAUAUCAUUCCUCAUUGCCCUCGGACCCAUAAUGCGCUGGGGUCGUUACGAAUUCACUGACACUAUAUAUGACUGCAACGCUGCUCAUACAACACGAAUCUUAGAAAUGUCAUAUAAUAUCACCCUAAUGGUCUAUGCCUUCAUCCUACCAUUUCUAACAAUGCUGUUCACCUACACCGCAAUUCUGAGGGCCUUUCGAGAGCAUAGUGUUCGCAUGCUUCAAACGGAAUUAAUAAUGAGUACAUCGCAAAGUAGUAUGAACGUAUCCGUUUCCAUAGAAACAAAAAUAUGUUUCACCGUGGUUAUUGUGGUUGUAACAUUUUUACUAUGUCGGACACCAUUUUUUAUUUACCUCUUCUUGAUAACAAUGCGGGUCAUAAGUUCGUCGGAUUUUCUUGGCCAGCUUGCAUUUUGGGCUAUAUAUCUCCACAGUGCUACAGAUCCGUUCAUAUAUGCUUUCAAACAUGUGGAGUAUAGAGAGACUUUGAACGAAAUUCAAAUGAAUAUUAAUAAGACAUUCAAGUCUAUCUUUGUAAGGGAUGAUGACUAUACACAAGCAAUUGAAGAAUGA